AUGAAUCACGAUUACCCUGACACAUCAAAUUUGAGACAUGUACAACAACAAAAUCGUGAACGACGUCGUUUAUACCUACAACAGAGGAGGCAACGCUCAGCUUCGGAACCAAAUGCUCAAACUGAACAACCACAAAGAGAAUUUGAACAGUUACGCAUUCAAAACUUAAGCACUGAACAACGCUCAGCAAGAUUGGAGCAACGUCGUCUUGCUCAGCGCAGGAUGCAUGUUAAACUUUUCGAUGCAAUCCCAAGAAGAAAUAGAACAGGAUGGUGUAGGCCGCGAGCAACAGUUUUGCCAACCAUUCACGAAGAAGGCAAUUUGGUUGCGACUAAUGUUUUUAGACGGGAAAGUAGAAUGAUUGCACUCGCACGUAUUGACUUACCCCGAUAUGCACCUACUCAUUCAACGUAUGAGCAUGGAAGCACGAGUGGCAACAGACAAGAUCUUCGCGAAGUUCAGAUGGAAGGAAAUAUCCCUCACGUCGACCACAAUCAGGAUGCUUUGAGUGAUGAAGAUAUUCCAGAUAAUCAAUCAUUUAUCCAUAGGAGAUAUCAUAAUUGUGCAAGAAAUUUUCAUGAAAGUGAAAGGUUCCAAAGAAUGCAGUUCCCUGCUCCAACUACAUGUAGACAUUGCAACGCAAGAUUGUUCCACCGUGAAACAUCUACCAUGUGUUGUAAUAAUGGAACAAUUAUUUUGCCACCAGUAACAGCUCCAAAUGAGAUGAUUGAUAUUUUCUUUGACCAAACAGUGGAAGGUUGUCAUUUCAGACAAAAUAUUCGAGCCUACAAUCAUGUUUUCUCGUUCACUUCAAUGGGUGUUCAUGUUGAUGAAAACUUAGCAACAAGAACUCGAGGUGUGUACACGUUUCGUGCACAAGGAGCCAUAUAUCAUAAGAUUGGGAGUCUCUUACCAAAUUCUAGCGACAGACUGAGAUAUUUGCAACUGUAUGUUUAUGACACUGACCACGAGAAUGAGAAUCGAAUGUCUGAAAAUGAAGAAUUGCACUUGGAUUUGCUUGACAAGAUAAAGAAUAUUUUAAAUACUCAUAAUCCAUUUGUACACACAUUUUGCCAAUUGGCUCAGCGUCCAGACAUACAUGAAUGCAGACUUCAAAUCAAAGAGCAACCAUGUAAUAGGCCCCAAUACAACCUUCCUACUGCUCCUGAAGUUGCUGCAGUUUUAGUAGGUGGCGAAGAAACUGGAAAUUUAAAACCAAGAGAUAUCAUUGUCCAAUCAACCAGUGGUCACCUCCUAAAUAUUUCUGAUAUUGUCGGAUACUAUGAUCCAUUACAGUAUCCUCUGUUGUUACCCUACGGUUCAUAUGGAUGGGAUGUAAAUACCAGAAGUAAUGAUGGCAGAAAAGUAACAUGUUGUGAUUUCUAUUCUUAUAUGCUACAGAUUCGCCCUGGUGAUCAAUCUCUUUUUCUUCGAGGAGGUCGUCUCUUACAGCAGUAUGUUGUAGAUAAUUACGUGAAGAUUGAGUCCAACAAAUUAAGAUGGAUACGUACUCAUCAGAAUCACAUUCGAGCAGAUUUUUAUCAAGGUCUUCUAGAUGCAAUACAUGCUGGUGAAAAUUAUGGAGGUAAUGUUGGUCGUAGAACAAUAUUGCCAUCGUCAUUUGUUGGUAGCCCACGAGACAUGUAUCAGCGAUAUCAAGAUUCACCACAUGAUCGUCCUGAUUUGCUAACAAGAAUAUUUCAUUCAAAAUUUGAUGAGAUGAAGACCGACAUUCUUACAAAACAUGUACUCGGGAAGGUUCUGGCAUAUGCAUAUGUUAUUGAGUACCAGAAAAGAGGCUUACCACAUGCCCACAUGGUCGUUAUUUUGGAUGAAAAUUAUAAGUUACGCACUCCUGAUGAUUAUGAUAACAUUGUCAGAGCUGAAAUUCCAGACAAGAGAUUAGAGCCUAGAUUAUACAGUGCAGUUUUGAAACACAUGAUACAUGGCCCAUGUGGAAUGUACAAUGAACGGUCCCCGUGUAUGACAAAUGGUCGGUGCAAAAGACGUUUCCCAAAGCCAUUUUCUUCAAUUACUACACUUGGAAACGAUUCAUAUCCUAUUUAUCGAAGAAGAGAAGGGGUGUCAGUUCCUGUAGAGAGUAAUCCAAGUGUCUUGGUGGAUAAUAGUUGGGUCAUUCCAUACAACCCAUGGUUGCUCUUGAAAUAUGAUUGUCAUAUCAAUCUUGAAAUUUGCAGUAGUGUUACAAGUGUAAAGUAUUUAUACAAAUAUGUUUAUAAAGGGCCUGACCGUGUUGCAUUAGAAGUUCAUCAAGGUCCUAAUUAUGACGAAGUACAACAGUUCAUAGAUGGAAGAUGGGUUUGUGCUCCAGAAGCAUUGUGGAAAAUAUUCAAAUUCUCAAUGACCAAAAUGACUCCUAGCGUAGAACGCCUCCAAAUACACUUACCAAAUAAGCAGCAAGUGAGGUUUUAUACGUUCUAA